CAACAAUCUUCUUAUAAUUCUUCGUCAGGAUUUUUCUAAGUUCCAAACGAAUAUUUUCACUAUAAGUUUUUCAUUUUUCAGUUCUUGUUCCAUUCACCAUUUCCAUGGCAGAAAACCCGCCGGCCGCCGGCGUGCUCGAGCGCUGCGAUAUCCGGCCGUCGGCGAACACUGCGUCGGAGCUAACUCUCUCCCUUCUCCACUUCGACAUAACAUGGCUAUACUUCCACCCAGUCCAGCGUCUCCUAUUCUUCGAUUUCCCUUGUUCCAAGGCCGAGUUUCUGGAAACCGUCGUCCCGAAAUUGAAAGAAUCUCUGCACCAAACUCUCAAUCAUUUCCUCCCACUCGCCGGAAACAUCAUCCAUCCUCUCAACUCCGGCAGACCCUUUUCACGAUUCGAAGAAGGAGACUCUGUUACACUCACCAUUGCUGAGUCUGACAAGGACUUCGACUACCUCACCGGAAACCACCCCCGUGUGGCUGACGAGUUCUAUGCUUGCGUCCCUCAGCUGCCGCCGGCGAAACAUACUCCCGACGUCGUCAUAUUACCUGUCUUAGCUCUCCAAAUCACUCUAUUUCCAGAUCGCGGUGUGUGUUUGGGUAUCACCAACCACCACGCCAUCGGCGACGCCAGCUCCAUCGUCCGAUUCAUCAAAGCCUGGGCCUCUGUCAACAGAUCCAGCGGCGAUUCUAAGCUGAUAGACGACAAAUUGCUCCCAUUUUACGAAAGAACCUCCGUCGAGGACCCGGAGGGAUUAGAUUCCAUUUACUGGAACUUGAUCAAGCAAUCCCGCGCCGUCGAAUCUCCGCCAAUCUCAUUCCCUCUCAACAAAAUCCGCGGGACUUUCAUUCUUACGAAAGACGAUGUGCAGAAGCUGAAGCACUUCGUCCUGGAGAGAAGGCCCGAGAUGCACAUCACGGCUUUCACAGUCACCUGUGCGCUGGUCUGGGUUUGCCUGGUUAAAGUAGAUGGGGCCGCGGAGACGCUGGCGGACGACGAGCCCGAGUACUUUUGCUUCGCCGCCGACUGCCGCGGACGGCUGACACCUCCGCUGCCGGCGGCGUAUUUCGGGAACUGUUUGGCGUUUGUGAAGGCGGAAUCAACCCACGGAUUGUUGAAAGGAAACGACGGGUUCUUAUUCGCGGCUCAGUCCGUUGGGGAAGCUAUACACAAGACUGUGAACAACGAGAAGGGAAUCCUUGACGGGGCGGAGAAUUGGCCGCGCCAAUUCGGAAAACUGAUCGGAAAACGCCUGUUUGGGGUGGCGGGGUCGCCGAGAUUCGAUCUCUACGACGUCGAUUACGGCUGGGGAAGGCCGAUUAAGUUCGAAUCAGCUUCGAUUGACGCUGAUACGUCGAUGUCCUUGUGUAAAUCCAGGGAUUUUGAAGGGGGUUUGGAGAUUGGUUUGUCCAGACCGAAAGAGAUAUUGGAUGCCUUUGCAGCCAUCUUUACUGAAGCACUUGGAAAUCUGUGAAUUCCGUAAUUUCAGGCAGUUUUGUCCUAACUGUUGCAGGAUCUAUGGAGGUUUCUGAGGUUGCAAAAUCUAUGCAUAUUCCUCCUAAUCCAAAAUUUUCUUGCCAAGCUAGGGAUCUUAGUGCCUAAAAAUCUUCGAUUCCGUUUUUAUGUUCUUACACAUUGUAUGGAUGAUUUAAAUUUUUAUUAGUUUUCAUCAAAUUUAUAGAAAAAGUUCAUUUUUUAUUUC